GCACGCUCUUUGCGAUAGCUUUCGAACAUUUGGCCGAUUAUAUGCGAUUUGGGGCAGGAAGCCAUGCGCUGUUUUACUCCGCCGCAUUGAAUUCGACUGCGUUUGCUUGCUCGACAUCCCACAUUUCUAUACACCCACUGGUGAUCCUCGACGUCACGAGGGGUCGUGAACAAAACUAGCUUGGGAAGGCACUCGGAAAGCUGGUUUGCUAAUUAUGUCAGCUCGUCACUCUACGCGCCCACGUCGCAUUGAGGACGCCCUCUCGCAGCUCGUUGACAAUCUCACUCAUCGAUUCUCUUAUGCCGCUACGGAAGACGAGCUCCCCGACGAAGAAUACGAGGCUCUCGCAGUGCGACAACAGGAGAACCUCGAACACUCAUGGCGAAUACUCGAUGCUUAUUCCAAUUCAAACAAUGAUCCAACAUCGCCAAAUGGUGGGUCAGGGCUGGGGAUUACUCGUAGAGGAAGCAUAGCAGGUGGAGAGAAUAUCAACAACGCGUCGGAUCUGAUCAAGCGGAAGCUGCUACGUGAAAAUGCGAGCCCAGAUAAAGCGAUGCGCUUCUCCAAUUUAUACUCGCGCCUUCUAACCCAGCCUGUCCUAUCGCAAAAGUGGGCCAUAUUAUACCUUCUUUAUCGGCUGUCGAGCUCGGACGACUACGACGAAAGCUUCGAGGAGGAAGGAGGUAGUCGGAGUCCAGCCGUCGAACCAGGUAAUUUGCAGAACUUGUCAUGGAAGGGACAGCGAGCAAGACAGGGAAUGGGGCCGAUGUCAGAUGAGGAAGGCCCGGCUAUCAGUUCAUCAGCAUCGCAAUUACCUGCGCGCCUCGAACGGAAAGCUUCUCAGCGACGACCUGAACGGGAUAUACGGGACAUGGGAGAAGAUGAAGAAUUGGAGAUGGUUCGAGAGCACCAGAGGCAUCGCGCAAUGUCAGACGCUGCAGCACGGGACACCCAGACGGAGGAACAGAGAACCGCUCAGCCCCAGCCAGCUCCAGACAAUCAACAGACAUUAGCUCGACCAGCCGAGAAUGGGCUUUUGCGCGACCUUCCCUUCAUCCUGCAGGGCUUAUCGUCAUCGAACCUCGAAUUUACGUCCUCUACCCUCAAACUACCGCCGACACUACCUAUUCCCUUAAUAUCUCUUCUAAACACUUUGGCCGAGCCGGGCCUGCUAUAUAAAGGGUUGUCGGCUUUUGUUGAAAGCUCCAGUGGGGGGUUAUUGAACCAGAGUUUGCGAGCAGCUCUCUCAAAUGAGCUCCGUUCGUAUCUAGGAUUAGUUGCGACACUGGAAGGGGAGAUUCGAAGGGCGCUGGCUGCUCCUGGAGCUUCUACUUCUCCUGCUAGCGUAGCCAAAACCGGGGUUACACUGAAAAGAUGUAUAGUAUGGACAAGAGAUGCGACAAUGGCGCUGAGAUUGAUGAGCGUGAUUGUCGAAGAAGCUCAGAACAAGAAGGGUGGCCAACUUAUAUCAAUGAUACAUGGCUUCUCCACUUCCCAUGGCGAUCCUUUCGUAUGUGCACUAGCCGAGAAACUGCUCGCACAUGUUACGCGCCCGUUCUAUGAUAUGCUACGCUUAUGGAUUUAUGAUGGCGAGCUUUCAGAUCCAUACCAAGAGUUUUUUGUAGUAGAGCCGGAGAUUAGUUCAAGUGCUGAUCCCCGGCGCAUCGCGACAAGCGUUUGGGAAGACAAGUAUAAGCUUGACGACGAUUUGGUGCCAUCCAUCAUCACGCAGGAUUUUGCCAAGAAAGUAUUUCUGAUCGGAAAAUCCUUGAAUUUCAUCAGGUACGGCUGCGGGGACUCGGGAUGGGUAGAAGCCUAUUCAAAGGAGAGUUCGAAAGAGCUGCGGUACGGCGACACAGCAAGUUUAGAGACAUCCAUCGAUGAGGCAUAUAAAUCCACAAUGGCGCGGCUAAUUUAUCUUAUGGAUGAAAAGUUCAAGCUCUUCGAUCAUCUUCGGGCGUUGAAGAAAUACUUGUUACUGGGACAGGGUGAUUUCAUCGCCCUCUUGAUGGAAUCACUGGCUUCAAACCUAGACCGUCCUGCUAAUUCACAGUACAGGCAUACGCUCACGGCUCAGUUGGAGCAUGCCAUUCGUGCUUCGAAUGCUCAAUAUGACUCGUCAGAUGUCCUUCGCCGUCUAGAUGCCCGGAUGCUCGAGCUCAGUCACGGUGAGAUUGGCUGGGACUGUUUCACACUCGAAUAUAAGAUAGAUGCGCCAGUUGAUGUAGUCAUUACACCCUGGGGCUCUACUCAAUAUUUGAAAGUCUUCAAUUUCCUAUGGCGCGUGAAGCGGGUCGAGUUUGCCCUGGGUAGUACCUGGCGACGAUGUAUGACCGGUGCCAGAGGCGUACUGAGAAGUGUCGACGAUAAAGUAGGGCCUGAUUGGAAAGGGGCAAGAUGCGCCAUUGCUGAAAUGAUACACUUUGUCUGCCAAUUACAAUAUUAUAUCCUGUUCGAAGUCAUUGAGGCCAGUUGGGAUCAGUUGCAAGCAUCUAUCUCCAAGCCAGGAUGUACACUGGAUGAUCUGAUCGAAGCACACACCAACUACCUCGAUUCGAUUACUCACAAGGGCCUACUAGGUUCCUCCUCUUCAUCCAAGAGCUCGUCCUCAAACAAGCAUCAAGAAGAGAGCUUCUUGACUCAACUACACCAGAUAUUGAAGAUCAUGCUUGCAUAUAAAGAUGCUGUCGAUGGGUUAUACUCUUUCUCUGUUGCGGAGUUCACUCGAAGGCAAGAACUCAGUGCCAAAAUCGAAACGCGAACCGCACAAGGCCGAUGGGGCGUUACAGAACGCGAUCUUCUCUCAUCCCGGCGCACUCGUGGACACCAAAACUCGGUGUCAUCGAUAUCCACGCCGAAUGUUGGGAACCCUGCCGAUGAUAUAGGUACGCCGUCGUCCCUCAUUGGCCAGGACCUUUCAGCAGACGACCACAUGCUUGCGUCCCUACGUGUUCGACUCCGCGAUCUAUCUGCCGAAUUUCGGUCGCGGUUGAAUACACUCCUGGGCGAUCUAGCAUACCAGCCAGAUGUAGACAUGCGGUUCCUCGCUGUAGUAAUGAAUUUCAACGACUUCUACGAACCGGUACGAAGGCGGAGGACUGCGACGGGUUCUCGAGACAAGGAAAGACUCCGCCGCAAAGCCGCAGAAGGUAAUGCACAAAAGGAAAUGAAGAAAGAGAGAAGAGAUCCAAACGGAGCAGAAAGCGCCAGUGGCUCGGGUGCCCAUGCACCAUAAUGUACUUUUCACCUCAAUGAAUCGUGGGUUCGCAUCUUCUAGGGUUGGAACUGUAGAACCGGAGUCAAGGAAUAGGGAAGGGCAAAAUUUAAUGGCAUGAAUAGAUAAUGCAAG